AUGGAGAUUUUGGUUAAUAGUUAUCACCAUCAAGGUGCCAAGAGAUUGGCACAGAGGUUUGUGCCAAUGGCGUUUGCUUCUGAUGGGUUGAUGGAAGGUUUUAACGAUCCGGAUGCGUAUAAUCCUGAAGAAGGGAAGUUCGUAAUGGGUUUACAGUUUCAUCCUGAGAGAAUGAGAUCAGAUGAUCUUGAUGAGUUUGAUUAUCCUGGUUGUCCUGCUGCAUAUCAGGAAUUUUCAAAGGCUGUGAUUGCGUAUCAGAAGAAACUGAAUAGCACAAUGUCUGUUCCCAAAACACUAGAGCUUAAUAGAGAGAUGGAGAAUAAAAGAAAGAUACUUGUUCGAAGUUUUUUACUUGCGAGGAAUAUGUAUGCUAAAGGAGCACCUGGACCGCGUAAGAACCCAUCAAAAGGAUCAGAGCUCGAAGUUGGUGACGAGUUUCUUGAGUCCAACACAGCUCUAAGUGCAGAGCAAGAGACGAGGCUGAAGGAGAUGGAAGCAACGGUGAGGAACGGGGGAUCAUAUAUUAAAAAGAUGAAAGUAGACCAGGAAAAGCAGAGGAUGGCAAGGAACAUGAUGAACAAGAUGAACACUGAGCAACUGUCAGAGCUUAUGACAUUCUAUCAUUUGAUGGGAAAUAAAUGUUGUGAAGUUUUGGAGAGUAAGGUUCAUGGCAAUGUCAAUGAAUGCUUUAAGGAUCUGUGA